AAACAAACCGGAAAGGUUAUGUUUGUUCUCACAUCAGCACGGACUGGUUUCGGUGUGCACCUAUGCUCUGUGUCUUCGUGCCGAUGGGAAACAAGCUCCGAUAAGACAAACUUCGAUAAAUGAACUAUGGCGCUGCGAGCCUGUGGUUUCAUUGUGUUUCGACGUCUUGCAAGUUGUGCUCCUCCACCGGACAACAUAGAGUUCCUCCUCUUGCAGACCUCAUAUGGACAUCACCACUGGACCCCUCCUAAAGGCCAUGUGGACCGAGGUGAAGAUGACCUCACCACAGCUCUUAGGGAGACAAAGGAAGAGGCGGGCCUUGGCACAGAAGACCUUCAGGUCAUCGAGGGCUUCCUGAAGGAGCUGCGCUACGAGGUGAGAGGUCAACCCAAGGAGGUGCUCUACUGGCUAGCCGAACUCCGAGACCCGGGGACAGAGGUCACUCUGUCGGAUGAGCACCAGAACUAUCGCUGGGCCCACUUGGAGGACGCCUGCUCUCUGGCCCAGCACAAAGACAUGCAAGACACUCUGAGAGCAGCACAUAGACACUUGGAGGCUAAGCAGGACAAGCAGUGACACACGGGUAAUUUUAGGAUUGCAUUGUCAAGUACCUCCUCAAUAUUCUUAAUGAAAUGGGUUGGGUAAAUACAGGGGGUCUUUGGUUUACAACGGAGUCCCCUUCCAACAGCAAUUUUAUGUGUAAGUCGAAACGCACCGUAGUGUUAUCACUAACCCACACUAACAAAGUAAUAAAGUUAUAAUUACAGUAAA